AUGACCAAGGAAUUUGGGCAGGACACUGUGGAAUAUGGGCCACAAAGUGGUCAACAGCAACAGAGCCCCUCGUAUUGUGGUGGUCUAAACUAUGGGCAACAAAGUGGUCAACAACAGCUGCCCUCCACCAUUAAUGUUUGGGCCCAAUCAAAUGGGCAACAGCAACCGGUGCCUGAUCUCACUCCUCCUCUUCCAUCGUUUCAACAGCAACAACAGGAUGUUACUGAUCAACCCACACAACAACAACAACAACAACAACAAUUAUUAACAGCUCUCCCUCCUGAUGCCCAUUAA